UAAUUCGCUGCCGCCAACCUGUUAUCAUUCAACGUUGAAACGCCGCCGCGGACGCGCGCUCCGCCAUUUUAAAUAAGCACUUCGAUUUUCAAAAGUUUUAUUAGAUAAACUAAUAAAAUUAUUUUUAUAUUAGUUUAUUUUUUAUUUUGGCUUUUAGUGAAGUGUUAAGUGCCAGUGUGACCAGUCGGUUUAAUUCUUUAUUGAAGAAACAAGAAAGUUUAGAUAGAGUCAAGAAGAUGGCUGGUGCAGCAACAGUAUUGAAGCCGCGCGGGGUCGCGUGCGCGCCCUCUAGUCAUAGAAUAAGCCUGUGUUUUGUUAUUGUUUUAUUAUUAGGUAUCCCAAGUGCACAUUCCCAGUUAGAAAAAUUGUAUAUAACCGAAACGGAUCUCAAUAUCCUUGUUGACGAUACACACCUCAUGAAACUGGUGCAAAUUGGCCAAUACAAUGAAAGUCUAAAAGUGACAGCAAACAUCCAACACCCAGACAUCGUGCAAUUCGUCCCUCAAACCAUAGACAUCCCGGGCUCGAAAGAACCGAACUCCACGGUCAAGAUUACCUAUGAUAUCUGCGCUUACGCAAAGAGUCCGGGACAUUCUGAAGUUACUUUCAAUGUUACUCCCGCUGGAUAUGUCAACAUGGACACAGUAUUCCUCCGCAUCACGGUGAUGCACUCUCACGCCAUCAACGUGAUCUCCUACAUCAUGGGCUGGAUAUACUUCGCGGCCUGGUCCGUCUCCUUCUACCCUCAGAUCUACAUCAACUUUAAGAGGAAGAGCGUCGUUGGGCUGAACUUCGAUUUCUUGGCUCUGAACAUCAUGGGAUUUACUAUGUAUUCUCUGUUUAACUGCGGACUUUAUUUUUCGAAGGAUAUUCAGAGCGAGUAUUUCGCCCGUCACCCCCGCGGGCUGAACCCGGUGCAGCUGAACGAUGUGUUCUUCUCUCUUCACGCAGCUUUCGCCACGCUUAUCACUAUCACUCAGUGCUUCUUGUAUGAGCGCGAAGACCAGCGAGUAUCAACAACAGGUCGCAGCAUACUGGGCGUGUUCACCGUCAUAGUGCUGGUGUCGGCCGGCGUCAGCGCGGGCGGCAAGCUGGCGUGGCUCGACUUCUUGUAUUAUUGCAGUUAUAUCAAGCUGUCUAUCACGCUCAUUAAAUAUGUGCCGCAGGCGUACAUGAACUACAAACGUAAAUCAACAGUAGGGUGGAGCAUCGGCAACAUAUUCCUGGACUUUGUCGGCGGUUUCCUGUCGAUCCUGCAGAUGGCGCUGAACGCGUACAACUACAACGACUGGAUCUCGUUCUUCGGCGACGCGACCAAAUUCGGCCUCGGCCUCUUCAGUCUCGUCUUCGACAUAUUCUUCAUUCUACAGCACUACGUCUUCUAUAGAGAGGCGCGGUACAUUCUGCUGCCUGGAACUACAUCGACUGAUGACGACGUGCCUUCGGGGGAACAACACCAAGUUAAUGCUGAGGAGCCCUACCAAGGGGCUCCGGCGUAGCUUCCGCAAGACAUACACACGGACAUACUGAAUCUCUCUUACUCGUAGCAAAAACUGCUGUAGUGCGAGGGAGUGAAAAGAUCAAGGCGUAAGACCUAAGUAUUCCAGAAAGGCCUUAGAAAUUUUCCUAUACAGGAAAAUUAUAUGAAAGUGAAAGAACCUAGGAAUGAUCCCAAACGAGUUUGCUGAAGGAUUAAUUAACAAAAUAAAUUCCAAAAAGACGUAAUGAAAUGAUGAACUGUUUAAACAGUACGGACGUACAUCAUGGGAUAUGAGCUAAAUAUAAACUUGGAACGUUCACAGAAUACGCGGAAGCUAAUAUACGAGCUAACGAAAUAAACAGACUUUUGAAAUUAUGUAAACACCAAAACGUCGUAACUGACAGUUUGGAACAAGAAAUGGGGUGUUAUAGCUGGCACGAUCAAGUUCUUUUUUUUAAAAAAAAAAGCUUAUAAAACUCUUUCGAAACGUCAAGCUCCAAGGAGGUUGUCUCACGGAGAAGAACCGGCAAGAAACUCCAUCGUUAUCCUUUAUGGCUGCGCAUCUCUCAGAUACGGGAAUCUGCAUAAACUGUAGUGUGACAAUACGACUCUAUUCAACGAGAUAAACAAACAAUGCAGGCUUAUUAUAUAGUAUAAUUACGCGUGUAGCUUAUCGUACACUAAGCAAACAAGGACCCCUUUAUAAUGUUAUAAAAGUGUUCUACAGACGUUCAUACAAAUUGUUUUACACACAACAUGAUAUGUGUGUACUGAGACGUGAUAAAGGACAAUAAAAAUGUGUGACUAUAAUGAUUUAAAUACCUAUAUGAUAAACUUUAGUGCAAAUAAAGUGAAGAUGGGACAAUAAGUAUGUGGAGUAGCAUUUUAUUUUAAUGUUCUGACAUGGUGUUUUAGUUAUAAGUAUAUUGUUAUUUUUUGUAAUAUUUACUAUUAUUAAUCCUAGUUUAUCAAGCUACUACCCGUGCCGAUAAAGAAUGGGAUUAGAAAUCGCGACAGCUGUAUUUACCUGUCGCUCAUACACUAUAGCACGUGAGCGAGAGUUGAAUACAGCUGUCGCGAUUUCUAAUCCCAUUCUUUAUCGGCACGGGUUGUACUAUUAAAACUGGAGUUUAUAACAAAUUAGCCUUUGUUGAAAUAAAAUAAGAAUAAAACUGAAAUUGAAAUAAACCCAUUUAAUAUGAGGUGGUGGUUGAAUUGCAUUUUAAAUACUUUUGCUGCUUUACAGUAUUCACCUACCUAAUUUACACAAUUUACUUACACAUUUAUGCAUAGAAAGUCAUAAUGUGUUCAUUUGAGAUAGCUUAAAAUCCUGAAAACAUGGUUUAUCAAAAUUCUUACUCACACGAAGAUACAUGCGAAGUUCAAUAGAGGAUUAUACAUACAUUAUAAAACCUAAAUGAUGUUUACCCAUGACAAGUGUACGUUAUCCGCACUUAUGUCAUUCUAAUCCAUCUCAUAUUGCAGUUGCAUAAUAUUUAAUUGAACUGUUCAUUCCGUACUAUUGUUAUAUAUGAUGAAUUCCAGUUUUUUUUUCACACAAAUGAUUAUUUUGUUUGCGCAUUUUUUUAUUUAAAUAACCGUAUUUUAUCCAUGCAUUGUUCGUAAAUUAAGUUAAUUAUAGGUAGUCUGUAUUUACUUUGUGUGUAGACAAAUAUUUACUUAAAGAAAUGUAUUUUUAUCUUAUAAUUAUGUAAAUGUACUCGUAAUAAUGAAAGUGUAUUUUACGAACAUUCCGAUGUAACCUUAAAAAUAUUUAUUUAAGUCUCAAUGUUAACCAGACAAUGAAAAGCAAUACUUAGAAAUAUAAUUGUUUGUUUUGUAUUUUUAUCAUUCUUGUAUGUUUACAGUUUAAGGGGAAAAGGGAAAAAUAUAAUCGUUUUUGGUACAUAAUAA